AUAUUAUCUGGCAAAUUACAAUGACGUAUGAUCUUCCCCAUUCUUGCAACUAGGGGUGACCUCCAUUAUCAGUCCUCACGUUAGGCAGGCUUCCGACAGUCACCGACUUUUAAUACCUAGAUCUAGAAAUCUUAAUAGCACACAACUAAAAAAAUGGGAGAUGUUGCCAAGGGAAAAGAUAUAUUUGUCAAAAAAUGUGCGCAGUGUCAUACUGUAGAAGCUGGUGGUAAACACAAAACAGGGCCCAAUCUACAUGGUCUUUUUGGACGUCCUACUGGAAAGGCAGAGGGGUUUUCAUACACAAAUGCCAACAAAAGCAAAGGUAUUACCUGGUCUAGAGAUACCCUUUUUGAAUAUCUUGAAAACCCAAAGAAAUAUAUACCUGGCACAAAGAUGGUUUUUGCAGGCCUAAAGAAAGCUGAUGAACGUAAUGACUUGAUUGCUUAUUUAGAACAGGCUACAAAAUAAUGUUCUUUGACACUAGUAUUUUUUUACAUAAAACUCAAGACCGGUUUGGUAUGUUUGAAUGUUGCAUAGAUGGAAUUGUUUGUAACUUAUUGAUAGUAGAUGUAUUGUUUAUAUAGUUCAAGGCUCAAGGAACCCAUAGUAAUUGAUAACAAACCUACUAGUAUGUACCCGCAACAUAAAAAUCAUCACUAUGUACAUCCACUUUUGUAAUUAUGAUGAGGUACCAUUAUUGCUAUAUUGUUAAUUAAAAAUGAAAUAAAAAAAAAUGGUAGCAAGUAAA